AUUGUCACGUAAAUUCCCCAUAAUUUUACUUGCGAAAGAAGUCAAAUUAAAUUGAAUAAAUAUCUGAAUUAUAAAUAAAUAAAUAAAUUAUAGUAACCUAUUGUCCCGAUUAAUGGCUCCAUGCGUGCGAUUAUCGAGGGUUGAUGAUCGGCCAUUGUGCACGAUUAUAACGAUUAUAACGUGAUAUGUCUGCUGUGAUGGAACAGUGAAGUGGUUAAUUGCAUGGUGAGAUGCUUGGGUUAAUCGCGGCUGAUUACUGAUAAUCAAGUGUUGGUUGGAAAUAAUUUAUCAUAUAACUAUUAUAUUUUUUGUGCUCUGUCGAUUACCGUGCAUGUAUUGCGAUGAUUAUAAUGAUUUGUGGUGAAGUUGCACGGGCGAUAAUCAAGUAACAGUGAAGAUAAUCGCGUGGCAGUGAAGAUAAUCGCGUGGCAGUGAAGAUAAUCGCGUGGCAGUGAAGAUAAUCGCGUGGCAGUGACGAUAAUCGCGUGGCAGUGACGAUAAUCGCGUGGACGGUGGUCGGGUGUGAGGCUGUCGUCGGACUGGACCCUCCGCCCCCACGGACGCCAGCACACCCUGCGCCCCACCCAGGAGAUGGUGGUGGGGGCGCGCGAGAUGACCGACAGUCGCCUGCACGCUAUGGCGGCGGCGCGGACGCUGCUGGAGGCGCUGCCCUACAAGAUGGACGUGGCCAGCGGGGGGCUGGAUGCCCUCAAGCAUCCUUACGACCACAACAAGAACGCCGUCGCUGAUCCUAAGGACAGCUUGGUUAGGAGCUUAACGCAUCCUACGACGUCGAGCGCGCACCUGCAGCCCUUCACUGCGCCGUGGCUCGCGGAGGUCGCCCGCAUCACCCCAGCCCGGGCCGAGCACUUGCCGUUUGCAGCUGCAUCCCAAGCUGCAUCUCAUUCGGCGUCGGCGAUACCUGAUUAUUAUUCACAUUUUUCUAACUUACCCACGCGAGCCGCGUACUAUAGUCACCCAAUGUUCGCGACCCCCUACCCAUACCUGAGGGAGUAUCAACCCCGACCUGCCCCAAUCCGUCCUCGCCCUAUCGUGGGUCCUCGACAUGCUGAUCAACCGUCUGUACAUUCCCCACCUAAUCCUAGUCAACUUAUACCUCAUUUAAGACCUCUUGGUCCUCCCCUUCUUCCUCCUCCUCCGCCACCCCCUCCUCCUCUUCCAGUACCUGAACCCGCGUCCUCUGAUCUAAGAGAACCCAGGCCAGAUUUACACUCUUCCCCUUUAUCCUCAUUCGAGGCUCAUUCCCGGAACCUCCACGGCGAACCAAGCCCUAAAAGAAGGAACACUCAAACCUCAUCAUUCCCCUUUCCUACGCCCGCUUCACGUACUCCUCUUCAAAGGCCCCCUAAAGGACCUCGGAUCGCAUCCCCUGAACCUCUUGGCAACUCCGCAACUUCAUCGGCGAAUUUCAGACCCCCUGUGGGAGUUUCUCCCAGAGCUUCCCCUCGAAAAUCACCGAAGAGGGACGAUGGAGAGGCCGCUGGGACUUACUACGCCCACUUUCAGAAGGGGGCGCUGGUGGCCGUGGGGUCUGAGGUGAGGCGGGUUGAGGACAUGAGGACUGAGGACUUCAUCAACGCCGCGGACGCUGCCGACGACCUCAAGCUGGACCCGCCAUUCGUGUCCAGCAUCGUCAUGGCGUCGUCUGGCGGCACCGCCACCAUCACCUUCAACUUCAUGUCUCGCAAUACUGAGAUGUCGGUGGAGCCCAGCGUCGACCAUCCUUUUUUUGUGCUGAACUUCGGUUGGUCUUCCUGCAACCCUCAGAAGACCUUCGACAAGUACGGCCUCAGUGUCAGACAGCUGCAAGUCGGCGAUCUCUGCGUCUCACUGACCAAAACCGUCGUUAAACCAAAGAAGAAAUCCGUUGUGGAUCCACAAAAACCGCAGCUGACCCAUCGGUCUCAACAACAGCAAUUAGGUGCACGGUCCCUUGAACCGUCCGGCACCAUGCCGUCUGGUACCAUACAGUCCGGUACCAUGCCGUCUGGUACCAUACAGUCCAGUACUGGUUCCAUGCCAUCUCCUUACUCUACGGUGACCACCUCCGCGACACCUUCGACUUCUGGAGUCCCUGGGACUACGUACGUUUCAACUCGUGGAUGUGGCCCGGGUUUGUUCCUGCCAUAUGCUGAGCAUCAAAGUACCUCUUCGUGUUCGGAACAUUCGGCAGGAACAUCUGCUCCGGAGUUCAGAGGCUCACCAGCGAUAAAAGAAGAGCUUGUUCCUUUUGACGCGAGGAAAAACACCGAAGUUACUGAACCUGAUGGAAGUCCCAUGAAUCUUUCUCGAGGGUCGGCAUCCAUUUACACAGCAGACCGUCCGGCCCUCUCUUCUAGGACAUCCCCCUCAUGUCUCCAGCAAAGCUCUUCGGGGAGUCCCGCUCCCCAACCGACUUCCCCCAGCCCAAAGACUCCAAAUGAUGCCAGGUGUCCCCAAAAACAUAGGACUGGCAGUCAGUCUCCUCCCUCAGGACUUCAUUCCCCCGUCCAAAAAAACUCUCCCCUCAUCCUGAAUAAGAGCCCCAGAACUCCUUCCCCGUCUAUAUCAGCUCCUUAUUCUUCCUCAUCUCCCAACUCUGAGGCCCCGUCGGACACGCCGCUCUGGCGACCUGCUGCCUCCUCCCCAGACCCUACCGCCACCUAGAGACUCUCGUGGACGUCUCAUGACGUCCUUACGCGUUACUGGACUUCCUUAUGCGUUACUGGACGUCCUUACGCGUUACUGGACGUCCUUACGCGUUACUGGACGUCCUUACCCGUUACUGGACGUCCUUACGCGUUACUGGACGUCCUUACCCGUUACUGGACGUCCUUACCCGUUACUGGACGUCCUUACCCGUUACUGGACGUCCUUACCCGUUACUGGACGUCCUUAUGCGUUACUGGACGUGCUUGUAAGUGUCUGAACAUCCCCAAACUUCUCUAAAACGUCCACUAAACAUCCCUCGUCUUCGUUUUCAUCAUCGCUGUUCAUCGCCUCGUGUCCGUGACCACGAGUCUUCGUAUUCCGAAACACAUCAUCCAGGUAGACCUCAGCCUUCCUGGUCACAAUCCCUGUCGUUGGAUAUCAUGAAGCUCAUCGUAUUUUCCAUGCUUUGUUAUGUCAUUAAACUUCUUUAUAUUUUUUACGAAGGUUUUUGUUGUACGUUGUGUAACUCGUGCACCCUAUAUGACUUAUCCAUGGAUGACGUUUAAAUGAGAUGAUGAUGUCGGUGUAUUUCAAAGCUUAAGCCCAAUUAUAUAUUCAAUAUCAACUUACUGUGUUUAUUUGAUCUUAACCAUGGAUUCUUCUGAUCGUUUUUAACCAAAAUUUAUAUAAAUAUUUCGAAUUUAAGUUAUUUCUUACUGGUAUUUUUUUAACUUGAUCCUUGUGUCGCUCUUGUACUCUAUAUUAAAAUAUUAUGGAAUUUUUGUAGCUGGCUGUCGAAACUUUAUUCUUUAUUAUACGUUAAAUAUCUUGAGUAAUCAUGGACGAUUUUUCGACGGCCUCCCGUGGACAAUUCGUGCCGGUUAUGUGACGGCCGUACACUCAAAGAACUGAGUGAGACAUUGUCCAAAUUUUUAUAAAUGUACCUUAUAGUGUGCC